CAGCAGCAGUCACCGUCGCAGCAGCAGCGCUCACCGCUUGCAGCAGCAGCAGCUUCACUGCUGCAGCAGCAGCGUUUCACUGCCGCAGCAGCAGCAGCCACCGUUGCAGCAGUGCCCACCGCUGCAGCAGCAGCAGCAGCUCACUGCCGCAGCAGCAGCACCACGCCGCAGCAGCAGUGUUCACCGCUUGCAGCAGCAGGUUCACCGUGCAGCAGCAGCAGCGUUACUGUCAGCAGCAGCAGCAGCCACCGCACCACUCGUUGCAGCAGCAGUGUUCACGUAGCAGCAGCAGCGUUCACCGCAGCAGCAGCAGCGUUCACCGCAGCAGCAGCAGCUCACCGCGCAGCAGCAGCGUUCACCGUCAGCAGCAGCGUUCACCGUCGCGAAGUAAGCGUUCACCGUCGCGCAGCAGUGUUCACUCGCCGCAGCAGCAGCGUUCACCGCCGCAGCAGCAGCGUUCACCGUCGUCAGCAGCAGCAGCUCACCGCAGCAGCAAAAGAAAUCACCGCCGCAGCAGCAGCAGCACCACCAGCAGCAGCAGCAGUUCACUGGCUUCGCAGCAGCAGUGUUCACCGCAGCAGAAAGAAAGGUUCACCGGCCGCAGCAGCAGCGUCACCGCCCAGCAGCAGCGUCAUCAUCAAGUUGUUGUUGUUCACCGUCGUUGUUAGCUGUCCUCACCGUCAUGUUGUUGAGCGUUCACCCGUCACUAAGGAACCCUGGAACUGUGGAACCCUGGAACUGGAACCCUGGAACUGUGGAACCCUGGAACUGUGGAACCCUGGAACUGUGGAACCCUGGAACUGUGGAACCUUGAAACUCUAG